AUGGACAAUCGUGAACUUUUUAGGGAGAGUCACAGUGGAGCAUUCGAUGCCGAAGAACAGAUUGUCAAGGAUGAAGGAGGCAACGAUACAACUCCCCGUCGGAAAAAUGAACCAGCCUUUCUGCCGACUUACUUCACUGGUUCUUUCGAAAACAUGAACAGAAUGAGAAGAGAUGAAAAAUUGUGUGACAUUACAAUCGUGGUUGGUUCUACAAGAAUACCAGCUCAUAGAAUUGUACUUGCCUCUGCCAGUGCAUAUUUCGAGGCAAUGUUUACGGCAGGAAUGGUUGAGAGUAGAGAAAAUACCAUAGAAUUACAUGAUAUCGAUGCAACCUCAGUUGAAUCCAUUAUUGACUUUAUAUAUACGUCACAAAUUGAAAUAUCCGAGGACAAUGUGCAAACUUUGCUUCCAGCCUCAACUAUUAUACAAGUCGAGCCGGUUAAGGAAGCUUGCUGCAAAUUUCUUAGUGCCCAACUCUCCCCGUGUAACUGUCUUGGAAUAUUGGUUUUUGCUGACAUGCAUGGUUGCGUAGAUCUAUUAUCAAUAGCUAAAAGCUAUGCACUGGUCAACUUUGUAGAAAUUUCAAGAACUGAGGAAUUUUUACAUAUCACUCCUAAACGAUUAAUAGAGCUUAUUUCAGAUGAUAACCUCUAUUCGCAUGAUGAGUCACAAGUAUAUCUAGCAGUGAUGAGCUGGAUAAGGUUUGAUUUGGCAAACAGGCAACAAAAUCUUACAGACCUUCUUACUUUAGUUAAACUGCCUCUUCUUAGCAGAGAUUUCUUGAUGUUUUCAGUUGAACCAGAUGAGUUGGUAAGAUCCAAUCCAAACUGCAAAGAUCUCAUAAUAGACGCAAUGAAGUACCAUUUGUUGCCAGAAAUGAGACCAUACCUGCACAACAGUCGUGUGAAACCACGAAAAAAUGCUGGGAUGUCUCCAUUGAUCUUGUCUAUUGGAGGAGGCAGCUUGUUUGCAAUUCAUUGUGAAUGUGAAUGCUUUGAUGCAGCUAAAAACAAGUGGUUUAUGAUUGCCCCUAUGUCAUCAAGACGUGCAAGACUUGGAGUUGGUUCUGCUUUUGGGAUGGUUUAUGCUGUGGGUGGCUUUGAUGGUUCCCAGGACCUUGCUAGUGUUGAGAUGUAUAACCCAAAAAGCAACAAAUGGGUCUCCUCAGCUCCAAUGGGAACAAGGCGGAGCUCUCUUGGAGUGGAUGUUUUGCAUAAUUUACUGUAUGCUGUUGGUGGUUAUGAUGGUGCUUCUUGUCUUUGCAGUGUUGAGAGAUUUGAUCCUCUUCUUCAACAGUGGACUUCAGUGGCACCUAUGGCCUUUCGGCGGAGAUAUGUUGCUGUUAGAGUUGUUGGAGAAUAUUUAAUUGCAUCUGGAGGCUAUGACGGGAACAGUCAUCUUAGUUCAGUUGAGCUUUAUGACCCUAUAACUAAUGUAUGGACACUUAAAAGCCCAAUGAGAAACCAAAGAAGCAAUGCAUCUUCAGCAGUUCUCAAUGGCUACUUUUAUGUAAUUGGUGGCAGUGACGGGUCGUCGUGUCUGGACACUGUGGAGCGUUAUGAUAUUCAAGAGGAUAUAUGGAUCCAUAUGACAUCCAUGAUAAAUAUUCGAAGCUCGCAUGCAGCUGUUGCCAUGGAUAACUAUAUUUAUGUCAUAGGAGGCAAUGAUGGUAGCUCAAGCUUGAAAAGUGUUGAGAAAUUCGAUUCAAAUGAAAAUACAUGGACCAGGAUGCUGCCGAUGAGUACAAGAAGAAGCAAUCUGGGUGGGGUUGUUGCCUGGGUACUUCCUAGGGUAUGAAAACAAAUGAAAGCUGUGAAUCCCAGGCACGCCGGACGAAUCCGGGAGGUUGGGUUGACUGUAGUUUGGAGGGGCCCCCACUUGUUCGCUAAAAUAAUAGUUGCAAACUACAAGAACCCCUUUCCCCCCCCCACUUUUCUAUAGCUCCCCCGCGCUAAACUGUGCUCUGGCGUCCCUGAAUCUUCUAAUACAGGGUGUAGCUUAAUCCUUCUGCACGCUUUAUCCUGUCUGAAAUGCAAAAAAAUUGCCAAAAUUUAGCUUGGUCACAAAGCCUACAAAAGUCAUAGUAUACUACGCUGAAAUUUCGAAAAUUUCUGUAGCAACUCCCCCUCCUCUCGAAAUAAUAUUGAAUGCCAAUUUAUUCAUAUUGAAACAAAUUGCAGAAUGGCAGUUUUUGACCUUAGAAAUUAUUCAUAUUUGUAGUUCUGUCGGAUGGUUUAAUUAGAAAGCUUGAAACAAUGUUCAAUGCUUAUUUAUUCAUAUUGAAACAAAUUGCUGAAUGACAGUUUUAGACCUUAGAAUUUAUUCAUAUUUGUAGUUCUGUCAGAUGGUUUAAUUAGAAAGCUUGAAACAAUGUUUAAUGCUAAUUUAUUCAUAUUGAAACAAAUUGCAGAAUGGCAGUUUUUGACCUUAGAAUUUAUUCAUAUUUGUAGUUCUGUCGGAUGGUUUGAAUAAAAAACUUUUCAACCAACAUUGUUUAGUGUUGCAAGGACUUUUAGAAGGGAUUGCAUGCCAAGUUAUAGUUCUAUUGUAAAGAAACGUCUACCGGCUGUUACCAAGAAAGUUGUGAUUUUAAAUGAUGACCAACAAAUGGCAUAUUGAAAGACCUGAUUAUUAUUGUUUUCACUAGGGUAUAAACACCUCUACUCUCAUAAAAAAACAUGUACGGAUCUGCUGCUAUGAAUUAUGCAGGAAAAAGUUACUAAAUUCGAAGAAACAUUUGGUAAAUUUUCAAAUGAUGCCUGUUCCCCUUCAAAACAUGUUUUAUCUAGAAUGUACUUUGUAAGUGGAAAUAUCAUCUCCUGAUUGAUAACAAUUUCAGAAAAUCUAAACAGCUUCGAGAGUAUAGUAAAAAGGUGGGAUAACUCUACCUAUCUUGGGCUUCGCAAUUCCUUUCCCCUGUUCUUUAUCCUUUGACUCUUUGAGGCUCUGGCACCCAAGGUAAACUAUACCCUACCUGUAAAUGCAACGUUUGUAAAUAUGAAAAUACGAUGUAGAUGUAGAUUUUGUCCGUGUUGUUUAUUAUAUCUAGCUGGCUUAUGUAUUUAUGUAUUUAUUGCAUUAACUAUAUAUUAAUUUAUCUAUUAGCAGAUCCAAUUUAUAUUUGUUCUUUGUAAAUAUGUAUAGCUAGAAUUUAAUCUAAUUAAACAAGCUAGCAAAAGAAGCAAGCUGUCGUAAUAUAAAUGAUAUGUUAUAAACAAAAUAAAUUGCAAAA